AUGGCUGAAGAGGAGGCUCUGGGGUCCGACGGGCCGGCAGGUUCCCAGAAACUUCUGGACUCUCUGCUUCAGAACGUCUACGACUUUGGAGAGACAGGAGACGAAACAGAACAGAAAAGGAUCAAGAAGAAAAGGGAAAACAAGAAGAGAGAUUUGGGAACUAAAGCAGUCUUAGCAGAGGAAUCAGCUCCUCCACCUGGUUCUCUUGUAAGAGGCCAAAGGAAAAGUGCUUCCAGCUUCUUCAAAGAACUCAGAGAAGAACUUCACAUCACACCUGCAGUGACUACCACAGGUUUCCUUUUAGAAGCAGAGGUCGCUGCUACAAUAUCUCCCUCUUGCCUGAAGAACAACCAGGAGCGAGUCGAAGUGGUAGAAUUUCACAGCAGAAAUAAAAAAAGAAAACCAAGGCUGAAUCAAGAUGAGACCACAAAGACCAAAACAAGUGUCCUUGAGAAAGAUGUGAAUAUACAAGAAUUUAACUUCGAAAAGGUACCGGCUUUGAAAUUGAAUUUGUACCAUUAUUUAUAA